CACGGCGGCAAACUCCAGUAAUUAUCAAACAUGAAUAAUGAGCCUGGCUUACAUACACACCAAUACUAUAUCCAAGGUCUUCUCACCUCCUUCCCCAAGCCAUUGCAGUGGCAGCGUCAGCAGUUUUGACUUGUCGCUUCAGGUCGGAAUCUUCCAGGGAAAACCCAAAAGGCCUGAAGACUGCCGUCAGGCUCACCACCAGGCCUUGUUUCUUGACCAGGCGUAGGGUUUGACUUUGAACCGUCUUCCUCUCGUGUUGUUAUUUGCCUUUCGCGUCUCUUCCUCUCCAUUUCCGUCCAUGUACACUGGAAUUCUGGCUGCAUCGCAACAUAUAAAGCUGGGCCGAGAGGCGGAGGAGGUCAGAAAGUGCAGAGAGCGAUAACAAGCAAGAAACUCAGAAGUGCAGAGAGCGGUAACAAGCAAGCAAGCAAGAAAGCGACUGAUCUCGGAGACUCGGGGGCGGAGAAUUACAGUAUAUCGUUUCGUUUCAACUUGGAAUAUUUCUGAUGGCGCGCGGCAAGGUGCGGGAGUGGAUACGGAAGCGGGCGAUGCCGAGGAAGGCGUCGUCGGCCGCCGGGCGCUGGAGCAGUAGUGCCAGCGGGGCGUCGUCGCCGAUACUAGGAGAGGCUGCUGCCAAUGGUGCGGCGGCGGCGGCGCCGGUGACUUCGAAGGUCCGGGCGGUGAGCGCCUUGUCGACGGCGCUGCGGUGGCGGCUGCGGGUGAACAACGUGCUGGCUGCGCUGUACGAGAAAGUGGUGUACCACCUGCUGUGGCUGGUCGAGUCCGUGGUCAUGGUGUCCAGGCUCUGCUUCUUCCUCAUGCGCUUCGGCUUCAAGCAGCUCUGAAUCGAGGGGAAGACCAGACGGGACAGCGUGAUUCUUCUUUGGUUGGCUGAUUUUUCAUUUUUGUUUCUGUUCUUUUGUGCAAAAAUUUGAUUGCCAUUCUUCAGUGGGUUUCGACCCUGUAAAAGCUGUAAAUGCCCUCGGCCCCUCUUGUGUAUAAAAGAGAGAAAUCCAUGUCCUGGUUCCAAUUGGAAAUGUAUCAGCGCUUCUCAUAA